AUGGAGAUUCGUGGGGAGGCGACGACCGAUGUCCACUUGAGUGGCGACAAGGGCAUCGAGGACAUGAUCAAGAUGAACACACUUGAUGAAGAAAGCAUCCUCAAGAACCUCAAGAUUCGCUACCUCAACAAUCUCAUUUACACCAACACUGGAUCCAUCUUGGUGUCCCUCAAUCCGUACAAGCGGCUGCCCAUCUAUGCGCAGGAGGUGGUGCGCGAGUACAUUGGAACGAGCUCUGCGUCCAUGGGUCCCGCGCCGCACAUUUUUGCCACGGCCGAGGCCUGCUACCAUGACAUGCGUGACCGGCAUCGCAACCAGUCAGUCAUCAUCAGUGGCGAGUCCGGUGCCGGCAAGACAGAAGCCACCAAGCUCAUUCUGCAAUUCUUGGCCGCUCGCACGACCAAGCACUCUGCUGUGGAGCAGAAGAUCUUGGAGUCCAGUCCGAAUGCGACUGGUCAGUCCAAGUAUUUUGACUCCACUUCUCGUUACAGUCCGAUUCUCGAAGCGUUCGGUAACGCCAAGACGGUCAGGAACGACAAUUCAUCUCGCUUCGGUAAGUUCAUUGAGAUCCACUUCGAAGGCAGCGGUCAGAUCUGCGGUGCCAAGAUCAGCAACUAUUUGCUCGAGCGGGCGCAGAGCGAGCGUAACUACCACAUCUUUUACCAGUUCCUCGCAGGCGCUGACAAAGAGGAGAAAGAGCGAUACCAGCUGUUGGACAUCGAGCAGUACAACUACCUCAACCAAAGCGGUUGCACGUCGGUGCCAACGAUCAACGACGAGGAGGAUUACAACCGUGUGAGGCAAGCCUUGUUGGCGAUGGACAUGUCGGCCGAUGUCCAAGACCACCUCUUCACGAUUCUUUCGGGUAUUAUGCGACUGGGAAACGUCCAAUUCGAGGGCGCGGAGGUGUCCAAGGUGUCCAACCCCCAGGAGCUGGAGAUCGUUGGCCAACUGCUGAAGAUCAGUCCCGAGGGCUUGGGCAGAGCGCUCACCACCCGUACGCUGGUGGUAAGUGGGCAAAAGAUCCAGGUGAACUUCAAGGCCGCGCAGGCCGCCGAUGCACGAGAUGCGCUUGCCAAGGCGAUCUACAGCAAGCUCUUCGACUGGAUUGUGGUGACAAUCAACAAGGUCAUCUACAAACCCAAGCCCGUAAAGUCCUUCAUCGGCGUGCUGGACAUUUUCGGCUUCGAAAACUUCAAUGUAAACAGCUUCGAGCAGUUUUGUAUCAACUAUGCCAACGAAAAGUUGCAGCAGUAUUUCAACGAGACCAUUUUCAAGAUCGAACAGACUGAAUAUUCGACUGAAGCGAUCAAGUGGGAUAACAUCGACUUCAACGACAAUCAGGACACCAUCGAUCUCAUCGAAAAGACCAGACCGCCCGGUAUCAUCUCGUUGCUUGAUGAGGAAUGCCGUUUCCCGAAAGCUACAGACACGACCUUCCUGGAGAAGAUCGACAACGGCUACAAAACGCACAAGAAGUUUUACCGCCCCAAGAAGUCCCGAACUGCGUUCGUCAUCAAGCAUUACGCUGGCGAGGUGGCCUACGAGACAGCCAACUUCCUGGAGAAGAACCGAGACACACUGGCCGAGGAUCUCGUGGCUCUGCUCAACGACAGCAAGCUUCCUCUUGUCAAGGCUCUUUUCCCGCUCUCGGAAGUCGACACUCAGAGCUCGGGUCGCCAGGCCAAGUCGCCUACCGUGGGCACAAACUUUAAGGCCCAGCUGGCUGAGCUCAUGGCCACGCUCGGCGCCACUGCGCCGCACUACGUGCGUUGCAUCAAGCCCAACACCAUGAAGGCUCCUGCGAUGUUCGAUGAUGACAUGGUGCUGGCUCAGCUUCGCUAUGCUGGUAUGAUGGAAACCAUCAGGAUUAGGCGCCUGGGCUACCCGGUGCGGUACCCGGUGAAGGAGUUCAUGUAUCGCUACCGCAUGCUGCUACCGCUUGGCUAUGCCAACGACCCGAAAAACAAGGACAAAUCCGGGCAGCUCGACCUCUUUGCCGUCGCCAAGAACAUUCUCAGCAAGGUCCCCAGCCCCAGUGAGGAUGGCAGCCUGCAGUGGCAGCUCGGGAAGACCAAGGUCUUCAUGAAAGAGGCGCAGGCACUGGAAAAUACCCGCAACAAGGCGAUCUGGGCGAAGGUGGUGACCAUCCAGUCGUGGUGGCGCAUGGUGUGGACGCGCAACUAUUUCGCAGAGAUGCGACAGGCCGCCAAGCUCAUCCAAUCAGUCGUGCGAGGGUUCCUCCAACGGCGUCGGUAUGCCGUGUUGAUCGCGGCCGACAGAAGGAGGAAAGAAGAGGCCAGGAAGAAGAGCGAGGAGGAGAGCAGAAGGAGGGAAGAGGAGAGGUUGGCGAAAGAACAGGCCAGGCGCAGCGAGGAGGAGAGGCUCAUGAAGGAAGAGAGGAAGAAUGAGAAGUCCGUCCCUGCGCUCAGCGUCACUCAGCCGCGCGUCCACUCGGUUCUCUACGAUGAAAAGCCGACGGUGAGCAUGUACAAGACCAGUUCGCCUCUCGUGACCGUUAACGCGGCAGACGACGCAGCGCCGGGAUUGCUGGGCGCAGACAGUGCCUGGCGGGAUCAAAAGGAUGCCUUGGACGCAAAGGGCAAGGCGGUGGAUCCGGCUGCAGCAUCGCUGAGGAGGCGUUUGACAUCGAAACGAGACGCCACGAUAAAGAGACACACGCCCAUGCUGCGUAAAGGCGAUUCGGGAGAUCAGUACCCGGACGUGAUCGGCAAGGAUGAAGCCAGCAAGUACGACAUUCUAGAAUACGCGCAGACGCAUUUCAACUUCGAGCGAGUGAAGAAGCGGACCAUCCGCACCUUGGGCAGGAAGAAGGGCGAUUUCUCCAUUUCGGAGAUCCUCUGUUACUCCAAGAAACUCGAGCAACCUCUGCACACGACCCAGAACGCCAACUUCAUCAAGUUUGCCGUCAAGUUCUUCAAGAUGAUCACUAGGUUCGUCGAUGGCGAAGCUCACUUUGAUGUGCUGAAGGAGGUCUUCCUCGCUGGUAUCUCCAACGGCGGUUCUCUGCGCGCAUUCCGCAAUGAGCUCUACUGCCAGGUCAUCAAGCAGACGAUGAAGAACCCUUCCAAGGACAGCACCAUGCGCUCGUGGGAGCUGCUCUCCGCGUUCUGCGGUGUGUUCUACCCCACGGACGACUUUGUCCCCUACCUGGCGUCCUAUCUCAUGCAGAACUUCGUCAAUCCGACCGAAAUCGGCCAGUACGCACAGUACGCCUACGGCAAGCUGAAGGAGAUGUCCUUCCACUUUGCGAAUAAGCUCUCGCGGUUGUAUCCGCCGUCCAGGCUCGAGCUCGAAGCCAACAGGGAACGCAAACUGAUCCCCGUGUGGUUCCACGUCCCUGGCGGCAUGUCCACGUGCGUCAUGAGCAGCGCCGGCGCUACUGCUGCCGAUGCCUUCACCCCUCUGACCUCGAAGAACCUAAAGCUCGCAGACCCCAUGGAAUUCGCCAUUUUCGAGAUCUAUCCUCACCUCAACCUCGGCCGUUCGCUGUCGCCCAGCGACUUCCUGGCGGACAUGCUGAGCAAGGCGGAGAAGUAUGGCCACGAGUCGCUCUUCUGGUUCAAGAAGAAGCUGUGGCUCGACCCCACCACCCUCCCCGAAGAUCCCGUUGAAGCCCGCUUGGAGACGCUUCAGAUUCACGCCGAUAUCGUUUCUGGCAAGUUCCCUUGCCCACACGAGCAGGCGCUUGUGCUGAGCGGCAUCAGGUUCCUCAUCGAUGAGAUUCAAGACGCGCAGAGCACCAAGAUUUUGAACUUCUGCGAGAGGUAUGUUCCGCAAGCGUUGAUUCCCCAGAAGUCCACGGCGGAAUGGACUCGUAUCGUCCACGAAGAGGCUGACAAGAUCAGAGGCUUCGAGCUCAACGAAAGCGGACUGGUCAACCUGUUCCUCAAGAAGGCGCAAAAGCUGUCGCUCUACGGCAAGUCGCUGUUCCAAGUGCAGAUGGCCACGACCGACAUUGACAUUCCUGACUCUUUCAUGCUUGCCAUCGAUGUCAACGGCAUCGAGAUUCGCGACAAGGACAGCGGGGACCUUCUGAGGCACUUCACGUACCCAGACCUCGGCCCGGUCACGUACGACGCCGGCAGCACUGUAGUCAACUUCCACGAAAGAAUGCAACGUCGUCCCCUGCACAUCAAAACGCCACUGGGCGUGGAGAUUUGCAGCCUGUGCGAGGACUACCUGUACUGGCUGCGGGAGGACUCCGAGACGGCGGUCGCAUUGCAGGACUACGUGGUCACCGAUAAGAAUCUGCUCUCCUUCACCAAGGGACAAAAGAUCGAGCUCCUUGCCAGGGAGGGUAACUGGUGGAGGGGCAAGUUGAAUGGGAAGACCGGUUCAUUCCCCGCGAGCAUGGUGGAGAUUUUGAUCACCACGGCGAACACCAACCUGGCGGCCGGCAAGCUUCGGAAGCGCCUCUCGCAGCGCAUGUCUACGAUAGCGGGGCUGAGCGUUCGCGAGCGGGCUCUCGAAGAGAAUCGAGGUGUCGCCGAGCCUCUCGAAAUGAGGAACGUGCCGCGUAAGAGCAGCAGGGCGUAUUAUCGGAAGAUGUCUGAAUCAUCGGGACAGCACAGCUUGGCUCUGCCCGCGAUGAGCGACCGCAAUUCGGCUCGGCUCAGCCGUCGUUACGAGAUGACCGAAUUCGCUCAGAGCAACUUCAAGGCCGUCGCCCCUACCUCUGCCGGCAUGUUGAAAAACUCGCGCACCGACCUCCUGUCCAACAGCAUCGGGACGCUGAGGCGGGGUAUGAUGGGGAGUCGCAGUAAGCUCACCACCGAACCGCCUGCCCCUGGCGCCCCGGCCCCGUCCGUCUCGGCGUCAACGUCAACGCCGGAACUGAGCGUGCCCUCGGUCACGUUCACCGACGUGCCCAUCCGGGAGCCCCUCACCAAGAGCCUCCCCGAGGAGUUCGCGAAGGAGGCCACCAAGAUCUUCACCAUGGUAAUGAAGUACAUGGGCGACUACCCCUCCAAGAAGGGGCUGGACUCGUUCAAGCUCAUGCAAAAGAUUUGCCAAAGGGGCAUCGACAACCCCAAGCUCAGGGACGAGCUCUACUGCCAGCUGAUCAAACAAGUCUCCAAGAACCCCAAGAGCGGUAACACCAUCCGCGGCUGGGAGCUGCUCGCCAUUUCCUGUGGUCUCUUCGUCCCUUCCCGUGCUCUGGGUCCGUACCUGGUGGACUUCCUCACCGAACAUAUCAAGGCGGAGGAGAAACAACUGCAACUGCGUACUGACCCGCACCUUCCAAAGCCCAAGGCGCAGCAGGACAUUCAACGGCUCGCUCAGGCAGGCCUCCGACGCCUGGACCGUAUUCGAGCGGUGGGCAUGAGAGCCCAUGCGCCCUCGUUUGUGGAGUACGAUGCAGUUCGGUGCGCGGAGCAGGUGCCGUGCACGGUGUGGACGUUUGACGGGGAGAGCCACGUCGUCCGGGUGGACAUGGCGGCUACCGUGAAGGACGUCAUGACGCACGUCAUCGAAUCCAUCGGCCUCAGCCCGGCGGCUGUUGCGGCCCGCGACUGGGCCUUGUGCGCCAUCCGCGGCAAUCCCGACGAUGCCAAACACCGCUUCGGCCUUGAGACGGGCGAGAAGCUGGCGGAGAAGGACCACGUGUGCGAUGUCGUGGCCGCCUGGGAAAAGGAAGAGAAGGCCAAGGGACCCGUGCAGCUGCUCUUCCAGGAGUGGCUCACGCUCGACCAGACCAGCCCCGUGGACGACCCCGUCGCCAUCCACCUGCUGGCCCACCAGGCCGUCAGCCGCAUCGUGUCCGGCCGCUAUCCUGUCACCGAGGGCGAGGCGCCUUACUUGACCGCGCUCCAGUUUUACUUUGACAAGCUCAAGGCCAAGGUGGACGAGCCGAUCACGGAGAAGUCGCUCUACAUAUCGCUGUUCUAUCUGCCGAUCAACCUCAAGUCGCGGAGGAGCGACGAAGAGUGGCUCAGCGCGAUCUUCAACGAGUGGAACGGCAUGGAUCACACCAUGACCAUGACCCAAGCCGAGUCGCUCUAUCUCGAGACCGCUCAGCGGUGGAAGUUCUUUGGCGGCAACGUCUUCUACGCCGAGAGCAAGCAGUUCCCAAAGGCCAACGCGCUCGCCGUCCACAGGGACGGUCUCGCCGUCCUGCGCCUCCCGGAGAAGGAGCCCCUGGCAUUCGCUCCCUUCCGCGCAAUCUUCAACUGGUCGUCGACCCAGAACUCGGUGGGCGUCGUGGUGGGCUCCCUCAUGAACCCCCACCGCUAUGUCUUCUCCACCUCGCAGGCGCCCUCGAUGGUGCAAACCUUCGUGUGCUACAUGGAGAAGCUCGUGGCCGAGACAAAGCAGCAGGAGGAGUCCAAGGCGCAGGGCUUUUCCCAGGCCACACUGCGCGACAUGCGUACCAGGCGUCCCUUCUAG